UUCGCAAGCAGACGCCAUGAGGUAGUUACGCGGUCGAAUCCGAUUCCCAGCCCGAGCGGGACCCGGGCCGCGUCCCAAACGCGCUGUGUUCUACUGCGUAGUCAUGGAAACAGCGCGUGAGGUCUCACGGGCGCCAUGCUGACUACUAAGUGAGGAGGUAAGCUAUUUGGGACAGAGCCUUAAGGAAUUUUGGGGGAAAGAGCAAGAUGGCUGGUGCUGGAGGAGAAGAGAGUUUCACUCCUUUUUGACAAAAUAACGGAGGAUUUGGGCAUCGAACAUAUGCUGGAGUUUAUCCUUGGAGCUGUAGUUAAGUGUUUUUUUUUUUAAACACUUUUUUUUUUUCUUUUUCUUAAACAUCUGUUAUGUAAAGGCUGUGUUCAUGUCUGAGUGAAGCCUUUUGGACAAAGUUUUCCACUCUGAUGGUUGUUGUUGUUGUUGUUAUUGUUGUUGCGUGUUUACUGUACAGCAGGUAAAGGAGGUUAUUUCUAAACUCUUUUUUUUUUGAAGUGAUUUAUCCGGACUUAUCCGGUUUCCUGCUGGAUACUUUGUGACACUUUGUUACUUUGUUUCUAGACGCAGAUGCGAUGUUCUCUAACGCUACUUUAGUUUCUGUUCAAACCUGACAUUAUACAUCACAGACUGUUUUUUUUUCUUUUGAAAGUUCCACCAAUACAAUUUAUAUUAAUUAACCUAAUUAGAGAGAGAGAGAAACUAAACUAAAUGAGCUCUAGUCGGACCCGUUGUCAAGCAGCCAGAGCCCCGAGCUCUGCGCAUGCGCACAAGCCCCCUCAGACUGAAGGUUUGGAGAUGGAGAUGGAGAGGAUGGAGCCUCAGGGAGAAGUGGGGCUCGGGGUCCCCGAGGAGGAACAGCCCUCACCGUCCAGACAGGCGUGGAGCCGGGACAACCCGGGGUUCGAGCCUGAAGAGGGCCUGGAGGCGAGCUGGAGCCCGGGACGGAGGUCCUUAUCUGACACCUCCAGCAGCAGCGGCAGCAGCGGACUCGGGAGCUUCACCGGCGGGAGCACCGCGCGCAUCCACCGGGGCCUGUACCCCACUCCUCCCGCCGAUGGGCUUCAACACGAGCCGCCAAGCUGGGGAGCCAGGAUCCUGGAGAAAAUCAGACUUCUGUGGGGCACACGCCUCCUGGAGGAGAGGGACAGCAGCAGAGAGAUGUACCUGAAGAACGUCCUCAGAGAGAUGAUCACCUACGCCCUUUUCCUUCUCACCUUAUGCAUCUUAACAUACGGCAUGGUGAGCACCAACAUGUACUACUACACCAAAGUCAUGUCUCAGCUCUUCCUGGACGCGCCGCUCACCAGCGCAGAUGCCACCACUUUUAGGAGCCUCUCCACCAUGGAAGACUUCUGGAAAUACACAGAGGGGCCUUUUCUAAACGGGAUGUACUGGGAAAUGUGGUACAACAACAAGAGCCUGCCGGAGAACCAGAGCCUCAUCUUUUACGAGAACCUGCUUUUGGGAGUCCCUCGUCUGCGUCAGGUCAAAGUUCUUAACAAGUCCUGUCCUGUUCAUGAGGAGCUGAAGGACGAGGUGUACGACUGCUACGGUGUCUAUGCGGCCGCCUACGAGGACAAGAAAUCGUUUGGACUGAAAAACGGCACUGCGUGGGUGUACUCUGAGGAGAGCAGCCUCGGGGAAAGCAGCUACUCGGGUGAAGUGGGGACGUACAGAGGAGGAGGGUUCUAUCAGGAUCUGUCCCGCACCAGAGACGAGUCAAACAGACAGCUGCAGGAGCUGAAGGCCAACCUGUGGCUGGAUCGAGGCACCAGGGCCGUGUUCAUCGACUUCUCCGUCUACAACGGCAACAUCAACCUCUUCUGCAUCGUCAGGCUGCUGGUGGAGUUUCCAGCCACAGGGGGCGCUGUGUCCUCGUGGCAGUUCCAGACUGUACGUCUGGUGCGCUAUGUGUCCAGCUGGGACCACUUUGUGGGGCUGUGCGAGGUCAUCUUCUGCUUCUUCGUGAUCUACUACCUGGUGGAGGAGGUGCUGGAGAUCCGCCUGCACCGCCUGCGCUACUUCAAAAGCUUGUGGAACUGCCUGGACGUGCUCAUAGUAACGCUGAGCGUCCCUGCCAUCAUAAUGAACAUCUACAGGACAUCAGCGGUCAACAACAGGCUGAAGUUCCUGCUAGAGAACCACAAGACGUACCCGAACUUCAUCCCACUGGCUCGGCUGCAGGUUCAGUUCAACAGUCUGGCUGCCAUCAUCGUAUUCCUGGCCUGGGUCAAACUAUUUAAGUUCAUCAAUUUUAAUAAGACCAUGAGCCAGCUAUCCAGCACUGUGUCCCGGUGCGCUAAAGACCUGCUGGGGUUUGCCAUCAUGUUCUUCAUCGUCUUCCUGGCAUACGCGCAGCUGGCAUACCUGGUGUUCGGCACACAGCUUAACGACUUCAGCACCUUCCAGGCCUGCAUCUUCACACAGUUCCGGAUCAUUCUAGGAGACUUUGACUUCUCAGAGAUCGAAGAGGCCGACAGAGUCCUGGGGCCGAUUUACUUCACCACCUUUGUGUUCUUCAUGUUCAUGAUUCUGUUGAACAUGUUCUUAGCCAUCAUCAAUGACACGUACGCAGAGGUGAAGGCUGACAUGGCACAGCAGAGAUCCGAAAUGGAGAUAACGGACCUCAUUAAAAAGGGCUACCACAAGGCCAUGGUGAAACUCAGGCUGAGGAAGACGGCGGUGGAUGACAUCUCUGAUAGCCUUCGUCAGGCAGGAGGGAAACUCAACUUCGACGAGCUCCGACAGGACCUGCGAGGGAAGGGACACUCCGACGCUGAGAUCGAAGCCAUUUUCGCCAAGUACGAUCUGGAUGGAGACCAGGAGCUCACUGAGCACGAGCACCAGCAGAUGAGGGAUGACCUGGAGAAAGAGAGAGAGGACUUGGAUUUAGAACGCAGUUCGCUGCCCAGGCCUAUGAGUGGCCGGAGCUUCUCCCGUAGCCAGGACGACUCUGAGGAGGACGACGAUGAGGACAGUGGACACAGUUCCCGUCGCCGUGGAAGCAGUUCUGGGGGUGUGUCUUACGAGGAGUUCCAAGUCCUGGUGAGAAGGGUGGACCGUAUGGAGCACUCCAUUGGCAGUAUCGUGUCCAAGAUCGAUGCGGUCAUUGUGAAGCUGGAGGCCAUGGAAAGGGCCAAGCUGAAGAGGAGAGAGGUCCUGAGCAGACUGCUGGAUGGGGUCAUGGAGGAUGAAAGAAUGGGAAAGGAUACAGAGGCUCACAGGGAGCAGAUGGAGCGACUGGUGCGAGAGGAGCUUGAGCGCUGGGAGUCAGAUGACGCCAUCUCUCAGGUCAGCCAUCAGCAGGCUACUCCUGCUGGUCCAGGAGCUCAUCCUCGCCCACGCAGCACCCGCCCCUCCUCCUCACUGUCCACGGAGGGUCCGGACACCGGAAACAAUGGAGGUGGACAGGUGUAAGACCUUUUCUACUGCUCCCGUAGUCUUAUUAACUUUUCCAACACUAAAUGCUCACCUUACAGUACAUCAGUAUUUCUUUUGUUGUUGUUUUAUUGCAAUUUAUUCACAGAGCACAUAUCUAUAUAAUGAUUCAUCAGUUAUUAACCAGGAGUGUAUACUGAAUAUAUAUUAAGGUACACUGGCACAAACUUUAAUCAGCUUAAGAAAUGGUACUGAGCAAAAUAGGUCUAGAUUUAGGCAUAAAGGUCAUUUUUUUUGACAAAAUAGUGCAAGGUACAUGACUUUCUUUACAUACUCACACACACACACACACACACACACAUAUAUAUAUAUAUAUAUAGUGGUACCUCGGCAAACGAACCGCCUUGAGAAGUUUCGCCUUUAGAACUACAUUUUUGCAAGCAUACGAGGGGCUGAGCUGGUUGUGCGUACUUCUGGUUAUCGACCUUGUUAAUUGUUUGCGUCAAUGGAAAGCCAAGCGAAGUGAGUUUACAUAUUUUUUAUUUGAUAACAUAAAUGUUGUCAACAAGGGAAGCAAGAAGAAAAGGUUUUCAGUUUGGUUUUUAAAGCAGCCGGUGCCAAGAGGAAUCAUAAAUUAAGGUUAAGUGAGGUUUAAUGUCUAUUUAUUUCAUAUCGUUUCUAAAUGUUUUGAUUGCUUUUAUUUUAUUUUUUUUAUUUUUUAAGAACUCGCCUCCAGAAUGGAUUAAACUCGUAUGUCGAGGUACCGCUGUAAGUAGUAAAUAAUGUGUAAAUAAUAAGAGGUCAUUGUGAAAUUAAAGGCUUCUAAUGAAAUUAUUUAAUAGCAGGCUGUAUCUUUUGCCAAUUAAGUUAGCAUGAGUCUUUUUAAUAACCAUAAACUAUUUCAUAUUCAAAUGUUUUUGCAUAUUUAUGAGACUAUAAGUCUGUACUGCCAGAGACAGAAUGAGAAACAGCAUCAGAGAUACACUGUAAAUUUAUAACGCAUUGCUGCGUUCUUAAAAAUGUGUAAAAUUAGAAAAUCACAAACAAAUAAUAUCACCAAACUUUAAUGUUUGGAAAGAAUUUGUUAGAUCAAAUGCCUUUUUAUUCACUUUAUAUUAUUUCCUAUUGUAUCAUUUAUUUUCACUACAUAGAGUAUAAUACAAUGGAUCUGUUGGAAUGCCAUUUGAAAAGCCAGUCAGUGCCUGUUGGAAGUAAACUUUAAAUGUAAUAUUUUAUUUGUUACAUUUUCUUUGAAAAUUUUAUACAAUGACAAAAAAAAAUUAUAUAAAAAUUACAUGUCAUGAAUAUUUAGUUUUCUUCCAAAACGCUUGUUCUACACAGAGUUAGCCAAAAUGUUUUGGGGACAGAUGGCGAUCAUCAUAAAUUAACUUUGUUUUGUUUCUGUAAAUGUAAAAAUCUAACUGUGUUCAUUCAGACAGUUAAAAAACAAAAAAAAUGAAGGAUUUUCUAACACUUACUGUAUUUAUCAUUUUCCCCAUUUAAUUACCAAUUUAAGCUAAGACAUAUUACAAUGAAGAUCCCUUUUCUUCAAUACCAGUAUUAUGUACAGACUCAUAUACAUCUCACAAAGCAUUAAAGGAUCUUUCUUAGCUUUCGAAGCUUGACCUAAUUCGACCAUGUGAAUUUUGUCACACAUUCGAAAGGUUUGUUUGCAUAAACAGAUUGAUGCGAUUCUUCACAAAACUGACUGCCGUGUAUUAUGCGUGUCACAUUAGGAAUCCUAGAUAUUUUUUGUACUUAAGUAAAACCCCCACACUAAUUUGAUCUAUACUUCCUGGCGUGUGUAACAAAAACAACUAUGAUUUGUGACAUCUGUUUUUGCAAAUGAACCCAUAAUUUCUAGUUGCUUUCAGUUAAUAUAGUUGUGUGAACAGAAUGCUUUGUCAUGUAAACCUAAGCAGGUAAUGUAUUCCUUAUUAAUGCCUUAAAAUUGUUUUUUAAUACCUAUUGUAACUUAAAACAAACUUCGAUUCGGAGUGCAUCUGCUUUCUUGGGAAGCUUAUUGUGUGCUGGUUUGCAUCGUAUAGCUGAAGUUUCGUAGUUUUUCGCUGACAUAAGUUUUGCAUCAACAUAAAUUCAACAUAGAAAUUAAUGUUCUUGACUCGGGCUGAGUAGUCUGAUGAUAUGAUUGAAAUAAGAUCAGCGUUGAGAUGAGUACACACAAUUAUUGGUACUGUAUCCUCAGAACUUUUAUAAUACUAAACUCUUAUGUUACUAUUUUUGUACCAAUUUCUGUACCGAUACCAACAUCAUUAUUUAGAUUUGUGUAUGUGUGUGUCUCCAAAUGCAUAUCCUUUUUUCCUACGCUGCUUUUGGAUAUAUUUUAUUUUAUAUUCCUUUAUUAAGGCUGAUAUUCAGUAUGAUUGCUUUUUUUUUGACAACAUAUAGUUAUAUUGCAAACUCAUUCCACUGAAAACAAACCCUCUAUCAGCACACAGUCCUGGAGAUUUGGCUCUGUUUCUCUGAAUGUUUUGAUCAGUAUUACUGUUUUAAUAUCUGCAUUUUUUACAAUAAAAUAUUUGCACAAU